AAAACAAAUUAACAAGACGCAAAACACUUUUACCAGUCCCGAAACAAAUUUACAGAUGACAGAUUCUUCACGGAAAGGGAAUGUACCACAUACCGGAAGUGACACGGAAGUGAUGAGCGUGGUCUUUUCGUGUUGUUGUUGUGGAGUUUAUGGCGUCAAAGAAGUUUAUGGUGACCGCCCGAACAUGGACUGCGGCCGAGGGAUGUUUUGCCCGUUUUGUGGCAAACACAUGAACAGCUUAACGCGGUUUUGCUUUACGUGUGGUCGGUGUUUGGAGUUUUUAAAGGACGCGGACCAGACGGAAACACCAGACAUACUGCAUCAUUGCGUUCAAUAUUUUAACGAGGGUCACUCGUACGCUGUAAUCGUGGACAUGAUGUCAAGUCUACACGGUGUAAACAUCAGCUUGAGGACUCUUAAAAGUAAACUGAACGAAGCCGGGUUGUACCGCAGAAAGGAUUAUUCCUCGCCAAACGCCGUGAGUAACGCCAUCAGAUUUGAACUUCGUGGACCUGGACAACUAUUUGGUUACCGCACGAUGUGGCAAGUACUUAAACAAAAGUACAAUCUUCGAGUGAAGAGAGAUGAUGUGAUGAAUUUGCUCCGGGAGCUUAAUCCUCGAGGGUGUGAGAGCAGAGCACGCAGAAGGUUUACAAGAAGAACCUACCACUCAAUGGGACCUAACUAUAUGUGGCACGCAGAUGGUUAUGACAAACUUAAGCCAUUCGGUUUGGCCAUUUCGGGAUGCAUAGAUGGAUUUUCACGUAAAGUAUUGUGGCUUCAAUGUGGACCAACAAAUAAUAACCCAACAGUGAUUGCUCACUAUUUCAUGUCAUGUGUGCGAAACCUCGGUGUCAUCCCCAUGAGACUGAGGACUGAUUGCGGCACUGAGAACGGCAUAAUGGCUGCAAUUCAAUGUACCCUACGCCACCAUCACAGUGACUACUACUCUGGAGCGUCCAGCCACAUGUACGGCUCAUCUAUAAAUAACCUGCGUAUUGAGUCCUGGUGGUCUAUAUUUAGAAAGGGAAGGUGAGUUGUCUUCAUAAAGGGUCAUUGCAUCUUUUGGUCAUUCGAUUUUCUUCUCAGGAACGAUUAAUGAAAAACGAGCACAAUAAUUAUCAAUACAAAUUUGUAAAGCAAAUCCUGCCCGUCAGGAAAAGUAGCUGUUCCUGAAAAGAAAAUCGAAUGACCAAAAGAUGCACAGACCAUACAUUUCAUUAUAACUAACCUUUAUUAUUUAUAGUAUAACUAAACAUUUGUAUCCAUUUCUAUAGGUCUCAGUUCUGGAUGGAGUUAUUUGCCGACCUUAGAGUCAUGAGCAUCAAUGCCUAUUGAGAUAUUGCUUUGGUGAUGUUAUUCAGAAGGACUUGGAUGAGUGUGUGAGACUGUGGAACAGCCACAGGAUUCGCCCUUCCAGAACAGCAGCAUGUCCAGGAGGAGUGCCCAAUGAACUCUACUACUUACCACACAGGUUUGGCUCCAGAGACUGCGGAUUUCAAAGUGAACAAGCUGAACUGGAUGCCCUUCCUGAGGCUAGCCUGUCAAUGACUCCUUGUGGGGACCCAAACAUGCAGGAGUACUUGGACUUUGCCAUGGAACACAAUCAGUUACAGAAGCCAGACAACUGGGAGUCUGCAUCCGAACUGUACAUGAAACUAAAAGAAAUGGCUCAGCUAUGAAAUGAUCAAAAAGGGAGGGUUUUUUGUAGUGGUGGAAUACUGCUGUCUGUCUGAACACAAUAUUUAUGAAUCUGUCACCCAAAGCUUAAUUGUUUUUAAGUGUGAAGUAAAUUAAUCAAAAAUAGUAA